AUUGAACCUGCCCACCACCUUCUUGACUCGGGGCUUUCCAUUUAAUUCCAGACUAGACCAUCGUUCUAUUCAUUUCAGCCCGAUACUUUUCUCCGAAUAGAUCCCUUCCUCUUUUACUAUACUAUUAAAUCGUUGCGUUUGUCGGACACAGACUAGAUUUGAUUUGAGAGAACUUGGACGCAGAGAAUGGAGGAGCAACAGCAACAUGCAGAUGCGCUCCUUGAGCGCUCGGGGAGCCAGGAUGUGAUCCUCCCAAUGACAGCCACAAGAGGGUGAGACACAUUUAUUGUGAUUUUACUAAAUAAAUGAGAUUUUAUAGAUUUUGCAGUUAAACCGGUAAACGUUCCUUUUACCAAUAGGGUCAGUGUUUCUUUAUCUCCCAAAUUAAGAUUCAAGUAUGUGUCAACUCAAAUUAUUUUAUUAUGAUAAAUAUAUAUUAAAAAGUAUAUAUACUAAAUAAUAUUUGGAAAAUCUUUAAACAGGUGUAAUAUUUUAUGUUAAAGGUUACAACUGGUAGGCUAUGCUAUGCUAUUCUGAACUCACAUCAUUAUUGAAAGUAUGCACAAAUUAUAUUGAACAUGCAGUAACGACAUGUGAUUUCAUGUCUUUUUCAGCAUUACAUUCCCAAAGUUUUGAUCAUAGUCAUUGUUGAGGAACUAUAAUAAAACAUUUGAGUUAUCUGAUUAGGGUGACUGUCCCCAUACUUUCACACUUAUCUAUACACUCAGAUAAAGCCUCAGCCUAGCAACUAGUGAUGUCACACAAAUCUGCAUUAAUCAUUGGCUCAGGAAUGAAGAACAGAAAACGGUGUUGAAUAUUUUCAUUCUAAAAAGGGGGGGGGGGGGGGGGUACUUCUUUGUUGAAUAACAACUGGUUUAGGAUUCGUUUUUGACUCUGGACCAGGGCUCUGAUUAGUUGUUUUUUGGAGGAGCAGGGAUCUCACAUAAAACCAGGGCAAACCCAAAAACGUCAGAACUGCAAUUAUGGACAUCCUCAUACCGCUUUGAAAAUAGCAUUGAACAUUUUUAAUCCAGUCCCCAUGAGUCAAGGUGUAAUCUCUCUAUAUCUCUCUUUCCCUCCCGCCCUCCUGCAGGGCUUCUAACAGCCGUGCCUUUAAGAUCGCAGGGUUCACGGUGUUGGCCUGUCUUCUCCUGGCUGGCCAGGCCCUCACUGCCUACAUGGUCUUCAACCAGAGGGGCCAGAUCCACGACAUGGAGAAGACCAAUGACAACAUGCGCAAGCAGCUGAGAAACAGACCUCCAGGUAUGGGAGGGGGGAAGGAAAGGGGAGGAGAGGUAGGAACAAGGAAGGAAGGAGUGGUGUUGAUGUAGGUCGAGUGGGUGGUCAAAGGAGAGGGAAGUGAGAUAUACUUAUUUAGGAAGAGAGACUGGGGGGACUGGAUAGAAAAGAGGAAUAGAGGUACGUGGUUUAUUCCACUGAAGUUCUGGAGGAGCUAGCUUUCUCCCAAUUUGAAGUGUGCACUCAUUGGUCUCUGUCACCCCCCUUUUGCUCCAGCUGUAGCCCCUGUCCAGAUGCACAUGCCCUUGUUCAACAUGCCCCGGCUGAUAGACUUCACUGAGGAGGACGCCAAGACAGAAAAGACUCCCAUGACGGUAUGACUCUCCUGUUUCCCAAUUGCUUCUUCUUAGAGGCUUCUAUAAACUAUGGAAAAGCGGUCACUAAGCUCACUUGCAACUGUCAACUUGUGUUUAACUCCAAUGAAAUUGCAUUGUAGAUCUACCCCCUUAGGACUAAGCUCCCUCUUCCUGCUCCUUUGGGGGGGGAAAAAGAAACAAAUAUAUGCGUAUGAUGAGUAUUUAUUGUCUGUCUGUCUCUCUGCUCUCCCAUCAGAAACUGGAGGCCACUGCCAUUGUGAGCCUGGAGAAGCAGGUGAAGGAUCUGCUGCAGGUAAAUUAAUAAAUACAUGUUAAUUAAUUACUCCACUCUUUGCAUUGAAGUCACCUCUACAAAAGACAGAGAAAGGUCAAAUAUUGACCAUUGAUUGAUUGAUCAAUCAUUUGAUUGUCUGUUUUUAUUAGAACCCCCAGCUGCCCCAGUUCAACGAGACGUUCCUGGCCAACCUGCAGAGCCUGAAGAGACAGAUGGAGGAGGCAGAGUGGAAGGUGAGACUGAAUCUUAUGUGUCCCAAAUGGCACCCUAUUCUCUCUGUAGUGCACUCCUUUUGACCAGGGCCACAAGGCUCCGGUCAAAAGUUGUGCACUACCUGUUUAUAGGGGCUAGGGCGCCAUUUGGGACGUAACCUGAGAACAUACACUUAUAAUAGGCAGGACAAACAUAUUUUGACGAUUUCACAUAUAUCAUCAAAAUCAAUCAAUUAUAGCAAGGUUUUUUGGCUCAUUCAGUAGUUUGACCUAAUUAAGUAGAUUCAUGUUGAAAAAUAAUGUGAAAAUAAUAAUUUAUAUUCCUAAAACAUAAGUUGAAAAUGAUACUGUUGCUGCUUCCUGUUGUCAUCGAUUUUAAAUGUAUAGCCUAGUGUCAAAACAUCGGUUUUAGAUAAUCAAUGUGUUGAAAUAAAUUGUGAUAUGUUGAAGACGAUACGUAAAAAUUACUCCGUACAUACACACUAUUCACACUUGUGUUCAGAUAACUUGUAUUCUGCUAAAUUAGUACCUUAUAAACUGCUCAUGCACCAAUAUUUACCAGGCGGUUACUCUAGACUGGAAUUGAUUAGUACUAAACCAAAGAUAUUUAUCUGGUACAAGCAACCGAAUUUGUAAGAUCGUGAUGAAUAUAAACUUUCAUACUAGCACUACCAAUCUUAGGUAAAAAGGUUUAAAAAUGCUCCUAACCACAAUUUAACCAGGCGCUCUAGACUAGAGCUUACAAAGUGACUGUGCAGCAGGCUGAAUGUUUGAUGUCUUUCCUUAUAAUAUCCCAUGAAUAUAUAUAUAUAUAUAUAUAACCCACACUUAGGCCUAUCUUAUUUGAACUUUAACCCCUAACUCCUGCCACUGUGUUUUCUGCAGGGUUUUGAGACUUGGGCACGUUAUUGGCUGCUCUUCCAGAUGGCCCAGGAGAAGCCCCCUGCACCCCCCACACCUCAGCCAGGUGAGUUUACCACAACCCCCACCAUCACCACCACUAACUCCUCCUUACCCCCACCACUACCCACCAACCUUCACACCACCUUACGAAUGCACAACUUCCUCUGUCUUGUCUCCCUCUCUCUUAUUUCAUCCACCACCUGAACCAAGUAUUGAAUAAAACUAUUUUCUCUCCUCUUUUCUUUUGUCUUUCUCUCUCUUCUCUCUGUUCCUCAGCUGCCGGCCUGCAGACCAAGUGUAACCUGGACAAGUCGUCCCACAGACGUAAGCUUGGUGCCUACCUCCCUCAGUGUGACCAGCAGGGCAACUACCUGCCCAUGCAGUGCUGGCACGCCACCGGCUUCUGCUGGUGUGUGGACAAGAACGGCACACCCAUCGAGGGCACCAGCAUGCGCGGCAGAGUCUCCUGUGACGGAGGUAGGAACUAGGCAGACAGUCUAUACAGCAUUAAUGACCUCCGUGUCCAUUCAAUAGCUUUUUUGUGCAUUCUGCAGUCUAUAACAAAGCUCAUUUGCUCACUAUUACACAUGCCAUGGUAUAUCUAUGCAGUUGUAUGUACAUAUAGAUAGUGACUAUUUUUGUCUCAUGCUACUGUUUGUUCCCCACAGUCCCCAGACAGAUGUUAGCUUUACCCAGGAUGAUGCAGCUGAAGAAGAACACGGGUGAGUGUUUCACAAACAAACAGAAAGAGAGGGAAAGAAAGAAAGAAAGAAAGAAAGAAAGAAAGAAAGAAAGAAAGAAAGAAAGAAAGAGAGAAAGAAAGAAAGAAAGAAAGUCAAUAACAAACGGACCGAGAGAUACAUAGACAACACUUUUGAUUACAUGGAAUUAAAAGUGUUGUCUCUCUGUUUUAUCUUUACACUGUGUACUGUUCAUCUGAAUAAAUUGCAAGAUGGUUUCGUACAUAAGGUUGAUUCUAUUCUCUAUAUUUUGCAGAUGAGUAAAACCACAGCUCCACCAGAGCACCAGAUGGCCUGCUCUCUCCUCAUCUCACUGUCAGACCCCCCCCCCCCCCCCCCCCCCCCCCCCCCCCUGUUUCCUACUAAUGGCUAUUUCACUCUUCCUCUAUCAUGAUGAAGGUCAAUUACCUGAAAUACAAAACAAUGAAAUACUCUCUUUUGAUUUAUGGAUAAUUAUAUUUUUCUUUGGACAGUAUAAAUGCUAUUAACAUUAUUAACAGCUUUUUUGGCUUAUUAACUCAACACAGCUAUGUAAAGUAUUAACACACAUAUAUAUAUAUAUAAGAUGUGUGUUACAUUUUAAAACAUGCACAACACCCAGACUUUUCCAUCCCCUGACCCCCUGACCCCACUCCUGUCAACUUUGACCCCUAGUGCCUUACUCUGGCCCUCAAAUCAUAUCCCUCUGAUGGGGGCUAGCCCCACCCUGUUUCCCUGGUCUGUCUCUCCCCAUAGACUGCCAUAGGGCUUCGUUGAUAAGCUUCUGUCUAGAGUUUCUAACAUAGAUGUAACGUUUUACACCUGUAUAACCAUGGAUAAGCAUACUUGGACUUUAAUGAAUGUAGGGAGAAGUGAACCAGAAAAAAAUUAAUAAAGUGUGCCGUUUCCUACUAAAAUGUGCUUUUUUGUAACUCUCUUAUUGUGCAUUAAUCUCUUGAGGACAGACUACUUAAACGGUACCAUCUGACCAGAGAUUUUAGUUCUGAGAUUAAUUGUACAUAGAAUCUACCCACCACAAAAUAACAACUAGUGUAAAAUGAAUCACCAUAACAAGACUGCAGAUCAGGGGUUAUGAUAUUGGUUAGGAGUAGGCUAUAGUAUGAUGAAAUUAACUCUGAUGACACAUCAUCAGUUUUGCUUUUCCCUCCAUUAAUGGUAAAGUUAGGUUUGGGGGAGGGUAAGCUGAUCCUAGAUCUGUGUGCAGAACAUCUAUACUAAGAUGGUGGUUACUGAAGAACAUUACUUUGUAAAGCACAACAUUUUGCUGUAGGGUGGCAUGCCUCUAUGUAUGAUGAUGACGGUAAUACAAUGUGCUCCUUGGCAGAGGGUGUAUAAUUCUUUGUAAAUGACAUACACUACAUGACCAAAAGUAUGUGGACACCUGCUCGUCGAACAUCUCAUUCCAAAAUCAUUGGCAUUAAUAUGGAGUUGGUCCCCCCUUUGCUGCUAUAACAACCUCCACUCUUCUGGGAAGGCUUUCCACUAGAUGUUGGAACAUCGCUGUGGGGACUUGCUUCCAUUCAGCCAAGAGCAUUAGUGAGGUUGGGCACUGAUGUUGGGGGAUUAGGCCUGGCUCACAGUCGGCGUUCCAAUUCAUCCUAAAGGUGUUUGAUGGGGUUGAGGUCAGGGCUCUGUGCAGACCAGUCAAUUUCUUCCACACAGAUCUCGACAAACCAUUUCUGUAUGCACCUCGCUUCGUGCACAGGGGCAUUGUCAUGCUGAAACAGGAAAGGGCCUUCCCCAAAAUGUUGCCACAAAGUUGGAUUCACAGAAGCGUCUAGAAUGUCAUUGUAUGCUUUAGCGUUAGGAUUUCCCUUCACUGGAACUAAGGGGCCUAGCCCAAACCAUGAAAAACAGCCCCAGACCAUUAUUCCUCCUCCACCAAACUUUACAGUUGGCACUAUGCAUUCGGGCAGGUAGCGUUCUCCUGGCAUCUGCCAAACCCAUAUUCUUCCAUCGGACUGCCAGAUGGUGAAGCGUGAUUCAUCACUCUAGAGAAUGUGUUUCCACUGCUCCAGAGUCCAAUGGCAGCGAGCUUUACACCACUCCAGCCGACGCUUGGCAUUGCACAUGGUGAUCUUAGGCUUGUGUGCGGCUGCUUGGCCAUGGGUCGGCUGGAGUGGUCGGCAUUUCAUGAAGCUCCCGACGAACAGUUCUUGUGCUGAUGUUGCUUCCAGAGGCAGCUCGGAACUCGGUAGUGUUGCAACCGAGGACAGACAAUUUUUACGCGCUACGCGCUUCAGCACUCGGCGGUCCUGUUCUAUGAGCUUGUGUGGCCUACCACUUCGCAGCUGAGCCAUUGUUGCACCUAGACGUUUCCACUUCACAAUAACAGCACAGUUGACCUGGGAAGCUCUAGCAGGUCAGAAAUUUGAUGAACUGACUUGUUGGAAAAGUGGCAUCCUAUGACGGUGCCAUGUUGAAAGUCAUUGAGCUCUUCAGUAAGGCCAUUCUACUACCAUUGUUUGUCUAUGGAGAUUGCAUGGCUGUGUGCUCAAUUUUAUAAACCUGUUUGAAGGGGUGUCCACAUACUUUUGUAUAUAUAGUGUAUUGGCAUUCAAGGUGCUUUAUUCUAUACUCCAGUCCUGAUAGGGCUUAAUAUGGAAGAUGAAUAGAACAUAUGGGAAGAGCAACCACAUCCUUAAUAUCUUAUCUGCACCACUAUUAUCACUGUCAUUCACAUAUGUGUUUAGUUGCCAUAAAUUAAAAAGAGGAUGUUUUCCUGUUUACCUUUGACAUUUGUAGGUUUUAGGUGAAAGCGGACCUUUAGUAAAAUGGAAAUGGAAGUUAAACUAUCCCAAACUAACAUGGUCCAAACACACCAAGACAGUUGUGAACAGGGCACGACAAAGCCUAUUCCCCCUCAGGAGACUGAAAAUAUUUGGCAUGGGUCCUCAGAUCCUCAAAAAGUUCUACAGCUGCACCAUCAAGAGCAUCCUGACUGGUUGCAUCACUGCCUGGUAUGGCAACUGCUCGGCCUCCAACCACAAGGCACUACAGAGGGUAGUGCGUACGGCCAAGUGCAUCACUUGGGCCAAGCUUCCUGCCAUCCAGGACCUCUAUACCAGGCGGUGUCAGAGGAAGGCCCUAAAAAUUGAAGGCCCUAAAGACUCCAGUCACCCUAGUCAUAGACUGUUCUCUCUACUACCGCACGACAAGCGGUACCGGUGCGCCAAGUCUAGGUCCAAAAGGCUUCUUAACAGUUUCUACCCCCAAGCCGUGAGACUCCUGAACAGCUAAUCAUGGCUACCUGGACUACUUGCAUUGUCGUCGUCCCCCCCCCCCCCCUUUUAAGCUGCUGCUACUCUCUGUUUAUUAACUAUGCAUAGUCACUUUAACUAUGCCUACAUGUACAUAUUACCUCAAUUACCUCGACUAACCUGUGCCCCCACACAUUGACUCUGUACCGAUACCCCCUGUAUAUAGCCUAGCUACUGUUAUUUUACUGCUGCUCUUUAAUUAUCAUUAUUAUUUAUUUUUACUUAUCUAUUUUUUACUUAACACAUAUUUUUCUUAAAACUGCAUUGUUGGUUAAGGGCUUGUAAGUAAGCAUUUCACUGUAAGGUCUACACCUGUUGUAUUCGGCGCAUGUGGCAAAUACAAUUUGAUUUGAUUUUACUAAAGCAGAAGUAGGGAAUGUUUAAGAGUGGGGUUGACUUUUCUGGAAAUCAGAACAUGUUUUAGGACUUAUUACAGACAUGCAACUUCCACAAUCAAGAGGGUGAGUAAAGAAUUUAAAGAUGUAAUAUUUUUCUCUAAAUGAGGGAGCUUUAUAUGUUACAGGUCAAUGGAAUUCUGGAAUGUAUUACUAUACAGUAUGUCUGGAAAUGGAAAAAAUAAUGCCAUGCAUAGAAGGGAUUCAGAUUUAUAUGAAUCAACUCACAGUUUGUGCAGUGCCCUAUAAUGAAAAUGGUUCCUUCUCUAUCGUCCCUGUCCCAUGGCUCUUUAGGAGAGCCACCAUGAUAGCGAGUCAGCUGUACUUGUGUGUGAUUCUGCUGUGGGGACAGACCAUGGGGGUUGCAGGUUCCUGUGAUCUGGACAAGACGUUAGUCCGCUGACGUUAUCAACAAUCCUAUGAGAUUGAUGACUUGUUUCAAAGCUGGAGAACUAGAGCUGCAUAAUGAUGAUCUGAGUGGUGUACCUUCUGACCUGAGCUAAGCUCUGAAGAAUCUACCCUCACCUAGAGGCACAUAAACUAAUCUUAAGCAGCGUCACUGUCUCCUCUGCUUUCCUCGCCGCGCUGAUCAACGUCCUACCCCGCUCCAAAGUGGAUGAGAUUGAGUCAACUCUGGAGGGUCUACAAUACUUUAAUUCAGCUGUCACGGCCAUGUGGCUGGAUAAUGUUACAGUUCCCUCCUCUCUCCUCCAGCCCUCCAUCCAGUCCCUCCACCACUGGCUACUAGGCCCACUUCAGAGCCUGGGGCUUGCCUGCUCAGUCCUGGCUGAGAUCCUGUGCUACUUCGCUGAGCUGCUGCGAAGCCUGACCCACCUGGACCUGUCUGAGAACCAGCUAUCUGAGACCAGCUUCCGAGGGCUCACUCAAUGCAAUAUGACCUGGAACUUGACCUCCAUUAAUCUGAGUCACAACCUCUUCAGCUCCUUCCAGAUCAUGUGUGUACUGCUGAAAUUUGCCCCACGCCACCCAGAUCUCAGUGCUUCCAGGAGUGGAAGAGCCUCCGGCGGCUGAACCUAUCCCACACCUGCAUCACAAGGCUGGCCCUUGGCUGCCGACCACCCUGGAGGUGCUGGAUCUGAGCGGUAAUGCUCUGGAGCAGUUUGACAGCCCUCCCCAGGGCCUGAAGGAGCUCUACCUCUCACACAACCGCCUCCUCAGUCUCCCCUCUCUGGAGAAGCUGGCCGGGUUACAGGUCUCAAGGGUGGACGGGACCAGCCUCCUGAAUGGGACUGGUACUGAGGUGAACCAGGGGGUCCUGGAGAAGCUCAAUGUCAUCCACGCAGGAGAGAACCCCUAUCAGUGUGACUGCAGUCUGAGAGAGACUCUAGAGUUCCUGAAAGCACACACUGAGGCGGUGGAUUCAGUGGAGGAUUGGCCCGAAGGGUUUGUGUGUGACACCCUACUGUCUCUCCAGGGGACUCUGCUGAACAACGUUUCCUUUCCUGAGGAAGGACUCUAA